UUUAAUUUUUAAUAUUUUAGACAAUUUAUAAAAAUUAUGUUAAUAUUUCUUUUUGUUUAAAAUGAUUUAAAUUUAAUUUUUUGAACAUCUAAAAAAAUUACAAUUUUUCUAUGCAAGAGUUUUCUACUGCCUAAUCGGCAUUAUGGAUUCUCUUGACAAGCUGGCCGGCAUUUAUAUCUUGGUCUUAACCAUUAAGUCUUUUUGUGACGAAUUAAACUCUUUCGAAAAUCGGUGUUGGACAUGCUAUGGUUUAGACUUUAGAGCGAGUGAAUAAUUUUCAUAUUAAAAAUAGAGUAAAAAGCACACAUUCCCCCAUCCUUUAAAUCCGAGUCUUACUGUAUUCCCCAUAAUCUUUUGCUUUCCCCGAGUCACAUUCGUCUCUCUCUCUUCCGCUUCAAAGAGCUAACAACUUUUUGUUUUCUGAAAUGGCAACAGAAGAAAUGAAACCGGAAACUAAGAAAACAGAACAGAAGCAAUCCCCACAAGUCAAAGAUCUUACUCCUCCACCUCUUGCACUUCCAUACAAGACAUGCAACUUGAAGGUUUCCAUUCACUGCGAAGGCUGUAAAAGAAAGGUGAAAAAAAUCCUUACCAGCAUUGAAGGUGUUUAUAGAGUGGACAUUGAUGUGAAGCAGAACAAUGUAACGGUGAUGGGAAUUGUCUCACCAGAGAUUCUGUUAAAGAAGCUUCACAAGGCAGGCAAAAACGCCGAUCUCGUGCCGGAGAUACCCGACCCGGUAGAGAACAAACCCCACGACCCGAAAGAGAACAAACCCGUCGACCCGAAAAAGAAGAAUAAAAAGAAGAAAGAAGAAAAACCGGAAAUAACCGAUAAAGAUACGUCUUCCGGUUCUGAUAAACCGGAAUCUGAAAAACCUGACGGCGCCGGAAAGUGUAGUUCCGGCGACAGCAGUGAAGCUUGUGCUCCAGUCAAAGAGGAUAAAUGCGAAAUUCUCAAAAAGAAAGACUCUGCUCCGGCAGAUUCUUCGUCACCGGAAGAUUCUCCGACAGAAUCUCCGGCACCGACGGCGGAGAAGAAAGCUGAAGAAAGCAGUGGCAGUGUUGGCAAAAAGAAGAAAAAGAAGGGGCAAACUAUGAGCAGUGUUAACAAUCCUACCGGUGGACCUGGCCGUACUAGAUCACUACCUUCGCCCAAUAGUACUCCUGCAGCAGAAGAUCAUGACCGUUCAAAUAAUCAACACGAUGGCCAUCAAAUGCUACCCAAUAGCGUUGCGCCACGUCAGGAUAUGUAUCCCUAUCCACCUAACUACUAUGCGCCGCAGAUCAUGUACGGCGUAAGCUAUAACGUUGCUCAACCUCCGGUGAGCGUAGACGCUGCAUCGUAUUACUCUCCUGCGCCACCUCAUUCGUAUGCGUAUAUGCACCCAGGCUAUCCACCGUGCGAUCAAAACCCGUAUCCAUCUCGACCGUCCGAUUCGUUUGAGUUAUUCAGCGAUGAGAACCCAAACGGUUGUUCGGUGAUGUGAUUCUGAACGAAGAAGGCAAUUACUAAAGUGACCUUGACUUUCGCUUAUACGCCUCGUAUGAUUAAAGGGUGGUCUCGUAUUUUAAAGUUGUACACGUGAAAGUGAGUUAAUGGUCAAGUGAAACCUUCAUAGUUAGGUUUUGAAACUAUGAUUAUGUUUGGAUAAAGUUGAGCCUCCUCUUUUUUUUUCCUAGCUUUUAAUAACAUUUUUUGCUUUAUCAUUUGAUUUUGCCCUUUUGUUAUUCACAUGGUCUUUAAUAUCUAAAGUCGCUAAAAAGAAUAGUUUGUGAUUCAGUUAUAUUGCUGAUUUGUAGAGAAGAUGUCAAUGAGGAAAGCAAGAAAUGUGGAAUAUGCAUUUAUGCGAUAUUGCAAUGCUUAGUUGUAAGGGGAAAUGGUGAUGCGUAAAGUGUAGAAGCUGACUGGGCACUUUUUGGGGCAAUUUUUUGUUUUAUGUUCUCACCAUGACGUUGUAUUAAUCACUUGUGCAUGGGGACAUGCAAUUUUAAGUGAUUUUGACCUUUCAAAUCCAAAAUUUAUUACUCCUAACAUUUAUUGUCCUAUAUUAAGGUGCCUAUGCUAGCUGAUAAGAAAAAGAAAACAAAUUAAAAGCUCUGUCUUGCUUUUUUGUACAAAAUAAGUUAAUUAUAGCUUCGAUAAAUGUAAAAUUUCUUUAAAAGUGAAAAGCUGAAAUAGUGAACUUCUCGAGAAAAAAGUAGGGAGGUUUUAGGAGAGGGUAAUCUACAAAAUUACAUAUUCAUUUCUCAUUUGUCUACAAUCAAUGAUGUCAGAAAUAAGUUACGUAGAACAGUAACUCGACGCUUUUGUUUUAUGAUCUUUACUAAACAUGCUUUCACGAUGUUAUCAACUAGACUGACACAAACAUAACAUAAAUUUAACUUUGGUCAUAUAAUUCCGGUAAAAAACAAAUGAACAAAGACAAAAGAAUAAAUCACAUAAAUAUACUCCCUUGUAAAUAGUACCCCCUCCGGAUUUGAAUAUAUGAUGUUUAAGGUUGUGCACACAUAUUAAGAGAAAUUAAAUACUUACUUUUAUCAAAUACUUUUUGGUUUUACUUUUAAUUAGUUUAAAGAUUAAUUUAAAUCCCAUUAAAAUUCAACCACUUAUAUUUUUUACAUUUUGAUUUAUAUUUUAUUUUAAAAACAAAAUACAUUAAUGAAAAGUAGAACAUCAUACAUUUGUAUACAAGGAAAAAAACUAAAACAUCAUAUAUUCAAAUUUGGAGGGAGUAGUUGAUAAUUUAAACUUUUCACUAUAUAUCAAGAAAAGUUAAAAUACAUCAUAUUGUUUUAUUUUUUUAGUUUUAUUAAUAAAGUUUCAUCAUUCAUAUUUUUACAUCUAAAUUUAUGUUUUAAAUUUAAAAAUAAAUGCAUUAGUUAUACUCCAAACAUUUAUCUUUUUAAUAGAAAGACAAAACCGAUGACAAAAAAAAGAAAAAAUAGAAAGACAACCUAAAACAUCAAUCAUUUAUAAACGAUUAAAUUAUUGUCUAUUUUACAAUAUUUCGUAAGAACAAAUAUAGACAGAGAAAGAAAAAAAAUAAUAU